AUGGCCAAGUUACUGGACCAUCAAAGCCCCGCUCUUUCCAGCUAUAGCUGCCCUACUGCUGCCUUACCAACUAUGCAUUCUGAAGUUCCCUGUGUGUUGACUUCCAACAUUAAGUCAUCCAAUAGCAUCCGAGCCGGUGUGCUGGCAUGCGAGGAUUGUUGCUUCUGUCAUAGAAGAGACAAACUCGAGCAUGUACACGAAUUCAAGACAUACCUGAUGUGUCUAGACGAUGUAGACAUUGAAGAAGACGAUCAAAAUCUUCUUUUCACUCAGUAUACUAUAGAAACUGUCCAAGCGAGUCAUUUGGCGGCCCAGACACGCGUCAAACAGUAUGUGAAGCUUUUGCAACUACUACAGCGGGAGGUGGAUGGAUGGGGGAGGAGGGUUGAGAAGGCUUCGCUUGUACUUCCAAACUUCAAGUCACGAAUUGAACCAUUGUUAUCAGUCAAUUGA